AACAAAGUUUGGGAACCCAACCAUACAAGUGUUUGUUCAUCCCUCCUCUUUCGCUACCCACAUACCUCACAUUCCCCAAUUCCAUCACAACGUUUCCAUUUCUUUAUCUCUCUCUCUCUCUCUCUCCCUCUGCAAACCCGUAUAAUGAUUGAUCUGUUUAGCAUUACCCUUUUAUGACAAUCACAUUUUUUUUAUUAUUUUCUUUUAGAAAGAAGUUUGAGGGAAAGAAUGAUAGGUCUGUUAUGGUUUUGUCUGAUAUAGGAUGAGGGACUUAUUUGGUAUGGGAAUUGGGGUUAUGAGUUCAGGCUCAUUGGAUUCCAAUUCCUUUUUCGAAUGCCGAUUUCGCUUGCGAUCGGCGUUCGAAUCCUUUUUUAUUGCGUUCGACGCAUUUUUCGAGGACCAUCACUGUCCUUCGAUUCUGAUUGGCAUCGGCGAGCAGUGAUUUCCUUGAUAAUUUUUGGUGGAAAAACAAGAAAACCCUUGUUCAUUUUUCUCCUUUUUCUGGUAGUUGUUUCGGUCUUCUCCGGAAUGAAUUCUGGGAGAGGAUUGUUAUUGCCGACAACUGAGGAAUUGAUCAGGGCUAAAAUGGAGCCUUCUGGGGAUGAUUUUGUAGAGAAAGAUCCCACUGGCAGAUAUGUUCGGUACAAAGAAACUUUGGGCAAGGGUGCAUUCAAGACCGUUUAUAAGGCAUUUGAUGAGGUUGAUGGAAUAGAAGUCGCUUGGAAUCAAGUUAAGAUUGAUGAUGUGUUGAAGUCAGCAGAAGAUUUGGAAAAACUAUACUCCGAAGUUCAUCUGCUGAAAUCAUUGAAACAUGAAAAUAUCAUGAAGUUCUACAAUUCAUGGGUUGAUGACAAGAAGAAAACUAUCAACAUGAUUACUGAGCUCUUCACAUCUGGGAGUUUAACGCAAUACCGUAAAAAGCAUAAAAGUGUUGACAUGAGAGCCAUAAAGAAUUGGGCAAGGCAGAUUCUUCGAGGCUUAGUCUACCUUCAUAACCACAACCCACCUAUUAUUCAUAGGGACCUGAAGUGUGACAAUAUUUUUGUUAAUGGAAAUCAUGGUGAGGUUAAAAUUGGAGACCUCGGAUUGGCAACUGUAAUGCAGCAGUCUCCUGUUCGAAGUGUUAUUGGGACUCCUGAAUUCAUGGCUCCCGAGCUUUAUGAGGAGGAGUAUAAUGAACUGGUUGAUGUAUAUGCUUUUGGGAUGUGCAUGUUAGAGAUGGUUACAUGCGAGUAUCCAUACAGCGAAUGCAAAAAUCCAGCUCAAAUCUAUAAGAAGGUUACCUCUGGCAUCAAACCUGCUUCUCUUAGCGAUUUGGGUGACCCCCAAGUUAAGGAUUUCAUCGAAAAAUGCCUGGUUACAGCAUCCAAGAGGCCGUCUGCAAAGGAGCUUCUAGAGGACCCAUUUCUUCAAAUUUUGAACCCAAAGGAGGCUGUCCGUGAUCCCUUACAAUUACCUAACCAAAUUCCCACAAUAAGAACAUCACCUAAGUCUGGGUCUCUUUCCAUGGAUAUAGAUUCUGAUUACAAGCAGCUUCCUGUGAGUACUCAUACAGAAAACUAUAGUGGAAGUUUCUGUUUCCCAGUUUUGGAAUUUCAGAGCAUGCAUAAAAGUAAUGAGUUCAGAUUGAGAGGAAAGAAAAAUGAUGACAACUCCAUAUCACUGGCUUUACGUAUUGCUGACCCAGGCGGUCGCAUAAGGAAUAUACAUUUUCUCUUUUACCUUGAUACUGACACCGCACUCUCAGUAGCUGCUGAGAUGGUUGAACAAUUGGAGUUAGCAGACCAUGAUGUUGCCUUCAUAGCAGAAUUUAUUGAUUACCUGAUGAUGAGAAUGCUUCCUGGUUGGAAGCCUUCAUCGGAGUAUUCAUCAAGCGGAGCAAGAAGUCUACAUGAUGAGUCUCCAGUCAUUGGAAAAUAUGCCUCAACGGCAUUCCCAUGGGGCUCAGUGUUCACUAAUGCUUCUGUCAAGCAAGCAGUUGAGCCAGACGUCUUCUCCGGGCUGAACAGUACUGGCCCCCGAGAAGUUUAUGCCCAAGCUGAUGGAAGUAACUUGUUUGAUAACUGUGCUAUUUCUCCAGGUGAUUAUAUGUCAUCUCCAAGUUUGGCUAAUUUUGAAGAUCGAGGUUCCCAUGCAUCAUUUUCUUCCGAGAUUUUGGUCGAAGAUAAUUCAACAAAAAUUGAUCAUAAAGCAAUAGAAUGUGCUAACUGUAGUAUUUAUGGAAGCUGUAAUGGUUCAAGUCGGGAUGCAUCUGAAGUAGAGCUAGGGGAUUUGUAUUGUGAUUACAAAUUGCAGAGAAAUUGUAGUGGCGUUGGGGAAUGUACCCUAAUGAAUGAAUUUGCGAAGAACUCAGAAUUUUCCUCCGUUGAAUUUAGUGGAACGUCUAAUGUUAUGAGCUUGACAAGCAGCUGUUCGUCUCUAUCCCUGGCGAAUAAGGCCCAGGAUCUUGAUUUGAAAUUGGAGAUGGAUGCAAUUGAAUCUCAAUAUCAUCAAUGGUUUCAAGAACUGUCUAGGAUGAGGGAGGAAGCAUUAGAGGCCACUAAAAGGAGAUGGAUGACAAAAAAGAAGUUGUUCGUUCAAUGAUCAGAAGCAUGUCAAUAAACCAACCAAUUUUUCCUCUCAUAUUCAUGUUUUUCUAAUCUCUGUUCCUCUCAUCUCUAGGUCGUGACUCUUAACCAUAUUUGACUAGAACACCCUGUGUUGGAUGACGCUCUCCUUUGUGGAACUCUCGACCCAUGCAGAUCACGUUGUGUCCUAGUCUGCAACCUGCGGGUUGUGUAUAUAAUUUUCCAAACUUUCUUUAUUAUGUAUUUAUUUAUUUAUUUAUUUUAAAUUUUUGCAUCGUCACCA